UGGUUUUUCCGUCUUAAGGCUUCAUUCAUUCAGCUUCUCCACUCAUAUCUCCCCAAAAGCUUUUGUUUCUUUCUGCUUAUGGAAGGCCCUUAAACUUUCUCACUCUGCUUCGCUUUCUCGCUUUAGCAUUUUCUUGCGAAAAAAUUCCACAAAAUCAGUAGCAGUUUUCUUCUGUCUCUGAUCUACCAAAACUCGCUUCCUUAGAACUGCUGAGGAAUUUGCGCGAGCGCGGAUCUACUUAGCUUCUGAGCUUUGUGUUUAAUUAUUAUUUUGCUGAAGAGGCUGAGGUUGUGAAGAAGAGUGAACCAGAAAUAGGAAGGGAGUAGUAGGGCGUCCUAUUUUGCUAAGUCUUCAGUUAAUUACUAACUCGAAAGUUUUUGGCAGUUUGGUUUGAUUGUGUUUGGAAUGUGAUGUCGCCGCCGGCGGUGGUAGCGGAAGAGGAUGGGCUGAGCAAGGUGUCGUCGACUGUAGCGUCUGGUUCUUCGCAGUCCUUGGAUUGUUUCUCUCAGAAUGGGGCUGGAUUGAAAGAAAGGAAUUACUUAGGGUUGUCUGAUUGCUCAUCAGUGGAUAGCUGUGCAUCUACUGUGCCAGGCUUGGGUGAUGAGAAAAAGGAGAACAUGAAUUUGAAGGCUACGGAGUUGAGGCUGGGUCUUCCCGGGUCACAGUCACCUGAAAGGGAUCCCGAUCUUUUCUCUUUAAGCUCAGCAAAGCUCGACGAGAAGCCACUGUUCCCUUUAGUUCCUACUAAAGACGGGAUUUGCUUGUCGUCCCAGAAAACUGUUGUUUCCGGCAACAAGAGAGGUUUUGCUGAUACCAUGGAUGGGUUUUCUCAGGGGAAGUUUACUGGUAAUACGGGGAUGAACGCAAUGCUGUCACCUAGGCCUUCUUGUGCUCAGCCUUCUGCAAUGAAAGAAAUUCCAAGCAAGUUGCAAGAACGGCCUUGUUCAGCUAAUAAUGGAACCGGUCAUAACCAUACAGGUGCUUCUAUAAGUGGCAGUGCACCGGCUUCUAAGGCACAGGUUGUCGGUUGGCCUCCUAUAAGAUCGUUUAGGAAAAACUCCAUGGCCACUACAUCCAACAAGAACAAUGAUGAAGUGGAUGGAAAACCAGGUGGUGGCGCACUCUUUGUGAAGGUCAGCAUGGAUGGUGCUCCCUAUCUUAGGAAAGUAGAUCUAAGAAGUUAUUCAACAUAUCAGGAGCUAUCUUCUGCUCUUGAGAAAAUGUUCAGCUGUUUUACCUUAGGUCAGUGUGGUUCCCAUGGAGCUCCCGGAAGAGAAAUGUUGAGUGAGAGUAAGCUGAGGGAUCUUCUGCACGGUUCAGAGUAUGUCGUCACUUAUGAAGAUAAAGAUGGAGACUGGAUGCUUGUAGGGGAUGUACCCUGGGAAAUGUUCAUUGAUACUUGCAAAAGGCUGAAAAUUAUGAAGGGUUCUGAUGCCAUUGGCUUAGCUCCCAGGGCCAUGGAAAAGUCCAAAAGCAGGACUUGAGGUAUUCGGGACCGCCUUUUGUCUAAUCAAAAGCUUUAUUGCUGGAUCCGUAGCGGGAAAAAAGGAAGAUGACUGAAUUCCCUGAGAUCCAUGGUUUAACUCCAUUCAGCUGUUGUUUUUAUGUUUUCGAGUCCCUUAAGAGUUUUUCUUGGUUUUGUGUUAAUUUGUUACCACUAUAAUGUCAUAUGAAGCUACUUGGAAGAUUAGUAUUUGUGGAGUCUGUAAUCAUUAUAGGAAUCUGUUUGUUUGGAUGAAUCGAAUAUCUGUUGCAGCCAUCAUACGCUUCUAACACUAUGUUUGUGAUUUGUGUCUCACUCGCCUAUUCUUUUUCUUCCAUA